AUGGAACUGAUAAGGAAGGAGAAGUCUCGUAUGCUUACAUUCCGAAAGAGGAAGGCAGGCUUACUUAAGAAGGCUUCUGAGUUCUCUAUUCUUUGCGGUGUUGAUGCAUGCGUAAUAGUCUUUGGACCAAAGCAGAAUGACGAUCAACAACCUUCUACAGCUGAGACUUGGCCUCCAAAUUCUGAUGAGGUUCGGUGUAUUAUCAACAAGUACAAGGAUAGCGAUCAACCGAAAAAAUGUUAUCAGGUCUCUGACUAUUUUGCUGAUAAAAGGAAACAGGUUGAUUCGGAGCUUGCAAGAUUGCACAAGCAAAUUAUCAAAGCCAAGUACCCCGCAUGGGAUGACCGUCUCAAUGGUUUCUAUGCAGAUCAAUUAAGGUUACUUCUUAGUCAGUUGGAUGCUAAAAUUGAAAUUGCUGAUAAGAAACUUGGCAAUUUCAAAGAACUUCAGAAUGGCAUGGAUAACAGUGCACCGUGGGUUCAAGCUACCUCGCUUAGUCCAAACGUCUUGUAUGACAUGGAAAGCUUCACGAAGAAUAGAGAUGACAGUAACAACAGGUAUCCAACUAAUUGCUUUCAGCUUAUUCACAAUCCGAAGCCCUUGGAUGCUCAACCACCUAUUCUAUUCUACCCUGAGCAGAGUUCACAUAUGACCAACUUAUUGGAGCCAACUGACUUGCAGCUUUACUCUGAACGAAGGCCUUUGAAUGUUCAAUUGCCGGUCCAUUUCCAAUCUAAACAGAAUGCUCAUGAGUAUACAAUGAGUGCAAAUUUUUGGGAUUGGCACAGUAACAAUCUGACCGACUUGCAACUUUCUUGCGAAGCAAAGUCAUUGAAUGUUCAACAACCAAUGCAUUUCCAAUCUAAGCAGACUGCUCCUAGGACUUCGUCGCAUCCACAUGUAAUGGAAGAUGUAUACAAUCAGAAUAACAGGGAUCAAUUUAGUUUCAAGUCCAGUAGUAAUAAACUGCCUUUUGUUAACCACACACCAUGGAUGUGGGAUAAUGUAUGGUUCAACAAUGCAGAUUCCUCAAUGACCUAUAUUGCUCCUACCAAACUGCCAGUUACGCCAUCUAUGCAAUUUCCUAUGUCGGGCUUUCCUCAUCAGAUGCACUCUUCUGAAGUAAGUGAUUUCAGUGGUGACAUUGAAUUUGAAGGGAAGGGUCAAGGAUACCAGUAG